AUGUACCAGAAAAAUGAGAAUAAUGAAUCGAAGCUCAUCCAAACCGUCAACUUUGAACUCAAUUAUCUUGGUGCCUAUGACAAGAAAGGUAGAAAGGCUGCUUGGUUUCCGUGGCGCACCAACUUCCAGAUCUUCAAGGACAGCCUCCAGUGUGGUUUCCAGGAUUCGCCGAAUUUAAAUCAAGAUGAAAGGAAAGAUAAAGUGAGGAAAAAAAAUCAGAAUUUUGUGCUGCUUGGUUUCCGAGAUGCAUCCAACUUUCAGUGUUCCGAGGAUAGCUUCAAAGGAGGAUUCCAGGAUUGGCAGAGGUCGAAUCAAUAUGACAGAAAUAGCGAGAUAAAGAAUGAAAGUAAUUUAGGACGCCCAUCAACAGUAAUCCUGGUUGGACGGAGGAUUUCAGAAACCUUCAUGCAAAUCUGA